AUGAAUCCAACACUAGCCACAUUUUCAUCACCGCGCACCGCCGUUCUCCCCUUGAAAUCACUCCAUUCGUCUUCUUCGCCGGCCCCGUUUCUCACUUUUCCUUCACCCAAGCCCCUCAGGCUCAGGGCUUGUUGUUCUGUAAGGCCUGAUUCCAUCGCCCAGAAGCUUCAAUUGUUCGCCAAGACGGCUGUUUUGGUCGGUGCCACGACUUUGAUGAUUGGGAAAUUCUCAGAAUUCCCUGCCCGUGCCGACCCUGUACCAGUAACGGUGGUUGAAAACGAACCUGCUUUGCCGGUAGAAAAGGAAGCAGAUGAUUUGAAACCAAAUCAAACAUCAUCGCUUUCUACGUUUCUUGAAUCGGAUACGGAAGCCGUCGAGGAAAUAAAGGUGCUCAAAUGCAUGAAGCUUGAAAACCAAGAAGAAGAAGCGACAGUUAUCACCUUGAAGCGCUUGGUUUUUGCACAACCAGAUGUUGUUGAUUGUAAAUUGUUGUCGGGAAGGUUGUUGGGCGACAUGAGUCAAACCGAGAAAGCGUGCAGACUGUUCGAUGAAAUCCUUCAGUCGGAUCCGUUCGCUUACAAGACCUUGUACAAGUACGCUUUGUUGAUAGAUUGUUGCGGGGAAGGAGAAGUUGUCCUCAAAAUGUUAGAAGGGGUCGUAGCCCUUGCCGAAAGAGAGAACAAAGCCAAAGAAGCCAGAGAUGUUCGAUUCAUAAUUUCUCAGUUACACUUUCUCCAAAACUCAAUUCCUCUCAUUGGUGUUGAACAAUUUCAUUUUUUUCAUAAACGUGGCCUUAAGUGCCGUUACGGCUGA